AUGUACAAGGAGAUGCUGGCUCAUGACACCUUACUGGAGCUCCUGAACAUGUGUGACAACCCUCAUUGCUUUGAAGCACUGAAGGAAUUCUGCGUGCAAUUUUCAAAAGCCAGCUCGACGGCUGAGGCGCAAGAGUUCCUUCAAAGCACAGAUGGCAAGGUUUUCACCGGAGCAAUUUCCUUGAUGCAAACCUUUUGCAAAUGUGUUGGCAACCUGUUCCAGUGGGAGAAUAUGAAGUCUGAUGCUCGCGAUGUGAUUUUCUUCACCCAAUACAAUGGGUCUGAUGGCUUUCCUUUGGCUGUCCGGCAGAUUCUCUCUCAGCCAGAGCCCGCUGAGACCAGAAAAGGUCUGAUGGGCGAAACAAGAACGAAAAGCCGUGCUACCCUACAGUCCAUGGUGAACGAUGUGGUCAAGACUGCUGCGUCCCAUGUGGAGGGGGCAGGUUUGAUGGAGCAAGCUCGAGUUUCAUUGAAGUCUGCCCAGGAUGUGCUAGCUGAUGGCUUGACCUCUGGAUUCCACGCCCAUGUGAAGAGCAUUUUGGAGAACUGGCCCCGGAUCCGGAAGAGCGUGCGCAAAGGAUCAUGCGCAGCGCUCGAAGGCCAACUGAUCAAGUUCCUGAUCCACACAGUAUCGCGCAGCAAAGAGUGCAACAUCUCUUCAGAAGAUUUGGAUUCAUUGCUGAAGGGCUUGGACUUCUUUCGUGCUGCAGAAGGGGCUUCUGAGCGACACGUGCAGCUUACUGAGUGGAGCACAAAGCACAAUGCCAAAUUGUCUGUGGACAAGCUAACAGAAUGGUUCAAUCAUUUCUUCGCUCUCGGCUGUGACAGCCAAGCAACUAUGGAGAACCUUUCUGCGCUCUCAGAUCUUCUGAAGGCUCUUCCAGGUGAUGUCGGUGUUCUCACCCAAGACUUGCAAGGGAAGCUUCGCGCCGCCUUCUUGAUUUUCGUCAAGUUCUUGCAAUGUGAGGCCCUGUCGCCGGCGGACAAGGAUAUGUCUGCCAUGCUGGACGCUUUGCCUGCUUUGAUGAGCAUCCUGAAAGUGGGAGGGCACCCCUACUCUGACUUUGCCAAUGCGACAGUGUAUGGGCUGAAGCAGGGCAUGAGCCUGCGCAUCCGCUGGAAGACUUUCUUUGACCUUGGGCCAGACACGGAGAAACGCCUACGCAAAGACAACCGCUUUGCAGGCCUAUGGUCAAUUGUGAACACGCUUUCCCAGCUGACGCAGUGCGAGAUGAAUCUGCAACGCUUGGUGCAGGCCAGCGGUCUUAGCCAGGAGCAGUUGGAGUCAGCUCGAGAUUCCAAAGACCUCACUGUGUCGUUGCUGCUGGUCAAUGUUGCUCACGAGUGGCUUGACAGACAUGGCUUCUGCAAUGACGAUGUGAAGGACGCCAUUCGCAUGCUGGUGCUCAAGUUCAAGACAAGCUGGCUUGAGGCACAGAGGGUCCUCUCUGGCAUUGCGGACGAGAACCUCUUGUCUUGGAAGCAGAAGAUCCCAGAAGACUCCACUAUCCAGGCAGUGCUUGACGCGUUCCAGGCAACCCUUGGGAAGGCCAAUGGAAAGGACUUUCGGAAGGCUUUGGGAGAUUGCGACAGAGUUCUGGCACAGUGCGAGGAGGUUGUGAAGAAGCUCGAAUUCCUUGAGCCGUUCCAUGAGGAAGAACUUGUUGCCUUCACAAAUCUUGUGAGCACUGAAGCAUUGUCCUUUGUGCAGCAGCGCCGGAUGACUUUUUGUGAGGCGGCUCUGGGCUGGGGUGUCUUGGGGCUAGUCGAGUAUGAGGGCCUUAGCUCCAAAGAGAAGAACUCUGAGGACGCCCAGGUGAAGCUUGGAAAGCGCAAGGCCACCCUUCGAGAGCAAGUGACCUUGAUUUCAUCAGGCAAGCUGGGACCAUUUGAGGCUGAAGUGCAGCAAUUGCUUUUGGAAAAGGCCAAAUCAAGUUUGGAUUAG